CUCCCAACUCGUCUCUGGCCUGAACUCUCUGCUGUUUAUUGCUAUGAUCGUGACGUUUGUUGCAAUGAGUUUCGAUGUGUCAUAAUGUGAUGAUGUCUCCAAUUUUAUAAUCUGUACAAAUUUUUUUAACAGUUCAGAGGUUGACCAAGUCAGAAUGUAUGAAGCUUACGAAGCGACAUCAAUUUUGAAAUUGAGCAUUCUAAUAGAAUCAAUAGCAGCUUAUGAUGACAACUUGCUCAUCGGCACCAGGGAAGGUCGCUUGUUUGUGUACCAUGUACCACCUACAUGGAAUCAUAAUCAAAAAGUUGAAUUGGAAUACCAUAGAGUCAUUUACAAAACCAGAAUCGCACAGAUAGAAGUCGUGCCAGAGUGCAAUAUUCUAAUUGUGUUAGCAGAUAAUUUGGUAAAUAUUCAUAAUUUAGACCAUCAUAGUUUAAAUCAGAUCUGCCAAUUGCAGAAGACGAAAGGUGCUACGUUAUUUACUGCAGAUAUACAAAAGACUAAAAGUCUAACAGGAGAAACCAGUACUUGUAUCCGGUUAUGUGUUGUUGUAAAACGACGCCUGCAGUUAUAUUACUGGAAAGAGAAUCAGUUUCUUGAACUGCGUGAAGAUAUAUCCGUGCCAGAAAGUCCACGUGUAUUAUCAUGGUGCGGUGAAACCUUAAUAUUAGGGUUCCGUGGAUUAUCUUACAUGCUGAUAGAUCUUAAAGUAUCGGGAACUCAAACAAAAGAAUUAUUUCCAAUAGGAAAGUCACCAGAGCCAAGUAUUACUAAGUUAUCCGACUCAUCUUUUGCCCUGAGUAAAGACUCCCAAUCGAUUAUCACAAAAACUGAUGGUGAAUUAUUUCAACGUAAUACCGUCAGAUGGUCAGCAUCACCUAGUGCCAUAGCAUGGGAUGAUCCAUAUCUCAUGGGAAUUGUACAUGACUCGUUAGAAGUUUAUACAUUAGAAGGCUCGAUGCAUAUUCAGACUAUACCAGACUUAAACAAGGGGAGGCUCAUAUGCAGAUGCAAACAGGGUAGAGUGUACAUUGCAUCGAUGAGUCAGGUUUGGUGUAUAAAUGCAGUCGAUAUAUCUCAGCAAAUCAGAAUUCUACUUGAGCAAAAUCAGUUCCAGCUAGCAUUAAAAUUGACUAGUCUAUCGAAUAUCAUGAAGGAAGAGGAGAAAACUAAGGAGAUUUAUAAAAUACAAACGUUAUAUGCGCAUCAUCUCUUUCACAAUAAAAAGUUUCAAGAAGCAAUGGAACAGUUCAGUAGGUUGAGGACUGAUCCUUAUGAAGUGAUUAGGCUGUUUCCAGACUUAAUUUCUCAAUCGUCGAACAGCAAUGAAUCUAGCGAACCCAUUACUGCUUUGCCAAAGCUUGAUGAUCGUGACAUGGAGAAUGGUUUACUCGCAUUGAUAUCAUUUCUCACCGAAGCCAGAUUCAAGUUGCAGAGGGAUAAAGAUCUAUUUGGGAAGAUUAAAAAUAAAGAUGUAACUGGGGAGAAGAAUAAUAUGACAAAUGUUGCUACUGAACAGCUAUUGAAAAUUAUCGAUACCACUUUAUUGAAGUGCUACUUGCAGACUAAUGACGCUCUGGUAGCUCCUCUGCUGAGGUUGAACCACUGUCACCUGGCGGAAGCUGAGAAAACACUGCUCAUGCAUCAAAAAUAUCCAGAACUGAUAAUACUGUAUCAAACCAAAGGACAACAUAAGAAAGCGCUGGAGUUAUUAGAGAAACAAGCUAAAGAGUCCGAUUCUAGUCUCCGUGGCACUGAGAGAACAAUUCAGUACCUACAACAUCUUGGGAAAGAUCACAUGGACCUAAUUUUAAAAUUUGCAGGUUGGGUUUUAAAACAAGAUCCAGAACAAGGCUCCAGAAUAUUCAUGGAAGAUGUUCAGGAAGUAGAACAACUGCCACGCCCAAAAGUGUUAGAUUAUCUUCUCCGAUGUCAUAAGGAUUUAGUGAUACCGUAUCUGGAACAUGUAAUAAAUUUUUGGGAAGAUACCAACCCUCUAUUUCAUAAUGUGUUAGUGCAUCAAUACAAAGAGAACUGCUUGGCUUCCAUGAGUGAAGAUGCAACUCCUGCACAGAAACAAAAUGCAGAACAUAUUAGACAGAAGUUGCAGCAGUUUCUAGAAAAGUCUGCACACUAUACGCCAGAGACCGUUUUAGUUCAUUUUCCAUUUGACUGCCUUUUUGAAGAGCGUGCAAUCAUAUUAGGACGUCUUGGUCGUCACGAACAAGUUAUAUCGAUUUACAUUAAUUUAUUGAAUGACGUUCCUCGUGCAAUACAGUAUUGUAAUAGUGUAUAUUCCAAGUUUCAUGACCAGAAAAAUGCCAAUAAGAGUAAACAACAAGAUGGAGCUGGUGAAGUUUACGUUAUGCUUAUUCAACAGCUACUAAAACCUGAUAGCGAAGGAAUUUUAACGGCUGGGUGUAAUCCAGAAGUCCAAAAGACGGCUCAGCCAGAUUUAGAAAUGGCGUUGAAAUUAUUGAAAGAUCACGCCCUUAAAGUAAACCCACUGAAAGCUUUGGAGGUUUUACCCGAUAGCGUGCCAAUUGGCAGAAUCAGACAUUUCCUGGAGGCCAGUUUGCAGAACAAUUUAAACCAAAGGCGGUGUACGCAAGUUUUGAAAGGACUACUGUAUGCGGAACAUCUGCAGGUGCAAGAACAAAGAAUGCAUUAUGAAUCUCAAAGUGUCCUCAUGACAGAAUUCAACAUUUGUCCAGUGUGCAAGAAAAGAUUUGGAAAUCAAAGCGCUUUUGCCAGAUACCCAAAUGGUGACAUCGUUCAUUACUCUUGCCAGGAGCGCAAAGCAUAACGUUAAGUUAUCACUAUCGAGGGUACCAAAACAUUCCCUUCCUAAUUUUCGAGCGAGGGAUAAUUGAAUCAUGAUACAGCUGUCAUUAUAUUUACCUGCUACACAUUAUUUCCACACGUCGCAUCAUUGUAAUAUAUUAAGAUCGCUUCUUGGCAAGCGUGCACGUAUUGUAUACUAUUCCACAUGUAACAUUUAUUUCAUAUAAAUACAUCACAAUAAAAACAUAUUUAGUACACUGAGAA